AUGAAUGAGGUUAAUGCAAAUAAGUCGGUGAAAUGUCAAGAUGGGUUUUUCGAGGUAACUGAUAAAAAUUCUGAAAAAUAUGCAACGUGUUCACAGUUUGGACGUUGGAGUUUUGUCCCACAAUGUGAAGAAUGCCCGAAAGAUGGAGAAGUCAUCAGAGGAUUUCAGUUUUUCAGCAAAAAGAUGACACACCAACGUGCAAGCAUGUUUUGUUCUAAACGAAAUGCUUCCCUUGUUAAAAUCAGAGAAACCGGGAAGUUUAUGUACAUCAGGAGUAUAAUAAAAACAUGCAAUUAUAAACAGUUAUGGACGGAUGGUAAAAAAAUUGACGAUGUCUGGAUAUAUUCCGAUGACCACGUUGUACCACAGAAUGACACGUACUGGAAUAGGUAUUUCCACAACAAUGGGAUGUGUCUCAGGAUUCAUCAUAGAUUCCGAGGGAAGUCAUGCAAUGCGUUACUGGGCUAUAUUUGUGAAUUUCUCUAA